AUCAAACGACACAGCUGGAGCAAAUGCUUCUCUGAUGGUUAGAGUCUGUUUCGUACACAUCCUCAUCCUAUCCCACUGGAGACUGGUGGACGGUUCUUAGGAGCCACAGAACACUGCACAUGCACUAAGACCAACACACUGCAGCCAACGCUGCUACCAGAAAACUAGCUUUUGACGCGGGGAUUCUGCGGAACACAGUUGUUCUGGCGGGCAUAGGACGGAGACUAGUCUCGCUGGACGGCUGGGGUCGCAGUUGUCCCUAGGAUGACAUAAGAAGUUUCGAGUUAUUCUGGGGCAGGUCGUCAUUAGUACCAAGGAAGCCGUGUAUCGGUGAUCAGGGCGAGCUCUUGGAGGCUACUUUAGAGGAAACAGCUGUAGAUAAAAAAACAUUAGCAACCUUUUUUUCGCCAGAAACGCGUCAGAAAGCGAGGAGUUGCUCGUGGUGGUGUCGAGGAAUAGAGGAAAGCGGGGUAGAGAAGACACCAGCGCGGGGAGUCGUUAUUUAUGGGACGCUUGUAGCACGGCUCGACAUGGAGACACGAUGCGGGUGCGGGUAGCGGCGAUUGACACGCGUCCGCAUUGGUAGUAACACCUUAUCGCCGGGCAGAGGCGUUUCUAUCGGCGCAUUCCUUAAAACGCAUUUAUUAAACCGCGUGUCGCAUCGCAGAGGGGCGUGGCCUGCAUAAAGGCGUCACCACUGGGGGUUUUCCUCGCCCUCGCUAUCCGUCCAGUCUAACUGGCCACCCUCGCCCAUUCGGGCUGUCCAUUCAGCAACCUCCCGCACACUCAGACCUAAUCGGCGUUUCUCAGGCCCGAAUCGCGUAGCUCUCCACACCAAUCACAUCCCGCCAUUGGCAUUUCUUUCGACGCGCCCUAAAUCGGUCAAAGGCUGCAGCCUUCCGUCCUAGUUUGUGCUUCUGCCUGAGCCGCCCUAAACUAUGGACUCCCAGACGUUGCUGCAGCGCGCCAAGUCGCGGCGGCAGCCGGACGAGGCGCAGCAGCUGCUGCCCACGUGUCCCAUGGUAUACGCGAUAAUAGACGAAGCGAGUCUAGAAGAAGCCGCUGCUGCCAACGCCGCCGCCACCGCUGCCGCAGCCGCCGCCACUGCAGCAGCUGCUGCGGCGGGGGGAGCUUCCGCCGGCUCCCCACGCUCCACUGAUGCCGCUGUUGGCGGGGGAGCGGUCGGGGGAGGAGGGAGUGUAGGAUCAGCGGGGUCUCUAAGAGGACUGGGUGAAGGCAAUCUAAGUUUCGGAGGGGGGAGCGGUAGAUCCGCCAAGCAGUCGUGGGAUUUAAGUAGCGAUGGAGGGGGCAGUGGGAGGAGAGCGGGAGGCGGAGGAGGAGGGUUAGGAGGAGCGGAAAGGGCGGCGGUAUUACGGGCGCAGAUGUCGUCAUUAUCACUAGCAGUGGAGUGCUUGCUGAACACAGCAGUGGUCACGCUAGAAGGCACGUGGACCGUCUCCUCCAAUGGCAUUGCGCCACGUUGCGAGUGGCUGUUCGCGCUGCCCAUCAACCACAAGGUGAGCGUGUCAUCCGUCGAGGUGGUUACCACCGACUCCCAUUUCUUCACCACGGCCAUUGUAACCAAAGAAGAAGCAGAAUCAGCAGCCGCCUCAUCCGCCCACCCCCACCCCCACCACCACGACCCCUCCCCUCACCACCACCACACAUCCUCCACCUCCUCCUCCUCCUCCUCUUCCUCCUCUGUCUCUAACUUCCUUGCCCGCGUGGGCUCUGGUCGGCUAGGCUCCGGGGUGUCCCUCGGGGGAAGCGGAGGGGGGGGGGAGAGGGGCAGCGGCGGGGGCCUACUGAAGCGGCUGAGCAGUGGCAAGUCAACCGCAAACGGGUCAAGCGGAAGCCUGGACCUCACAGACCAAAGCGGGGGGCUGCUGGGCGGGAAAGGCGCGGUGGACUUCUCCCUGCUGGGGAGCGCAGGGGAAGGGCUGCAGAGAGCAGGCGUGCUGCUCCAGGAGAGUGGCGGCGACUUCAACCCCGCCAUGUUCCGAAUGAGGCUCCCGGCCGUGCAGGAGGGCACGCAGGUGAAGGUGCGGGUGUCGUAUGUGGAGACGAUGGCGGUGCGCGCGGGGUACUAUGAGGUGGUGGUGCCGCUGCUGGUGCCAGAUGCCGUGGUGCCCAGCCACCUGGAGCUGGUGGAGGUGGUGCAGGUUAGCUGCGCCAUCAACAGCGGCCACACGCGGCCCCUCAAAGUUGGGGACUUCAACCACCCCAUGAAGGUGAUGUUUGUGGAGCUGGGCCGGGCGUCCUUCACGGGCUUCCCUGCCAGCACCACUCCCGAUGGCAAGCCCUGCGUGUGGCCCAACGCUGACUUCGUCCUCUCCUACCAGGUGGUGUGUGAGGACGUGGCAGCGGCCAUGCUAGUGCAGGCGCCCUACGAGGAGGAUCCCGACACACGAGCCAUCUUCUGCCUCUCCGUCUGCCCGCCCGACCCCUGCCAACUGCCUGUGUACGGGCGCGCAGUGGUCUUCAUCCUCGACAGCCACAACGCCAUGCGCGGGCGCGCCAUGGAGGAAGCCCGGCGCGCGGUGAUGGCGGCGCUGAAGCGGCUGAGCCCCGCGGACAGCUUUGGCAUCAUCGCGUUUGACUACGAGCUGCUGGUGUUCGCCGAGGCCAUGGAGAGCGGCACCGCCGAGGCCGUCAAGAAGGCCAGCAAGUUCGUGCUGCAGGCGUAUGACACUGAUGAGGCGUGCAACAUACUCUCGCCGCUGCAGCUGGCGCUGAAGAUGCUGAAGGGCGUGCGGGGCAUGCUGCCGCAGAUAGUGCUGCUGAGCGACGCAGCGGUGGAGGACGAGCGCUCCAUCUGCUGCUACCUGCAGGAGGCGCUGCUCGAGUGGGGGCCCAACGCCCCCCGCAUCUUCACCUGCGGCAUCGGUCCCAGCUGCAGCUACUACUUCCUUCGUUGGAUAGCGGGUGUCAGCAGAGGCGCCACUGAAUUCGCCUUCACUGCUGACGAGGUGCGCAAGAAGGUGGAGCGUCUGCUGCUGGCAGUGUCUCGUCCGCUCAUCACCAACAUCACCAUCCGAGACAUGCCUGCAGGCUUCCAGCUGGUGCCCUUCCCCAUCCCAGACCUGUAUGCAGCAUGCCCAGUGACGGUAUCCGGGCGGCUGGAGGGCGAUGUGCCUCUGGCUCUGGAGCUGCGGGGGGUGCGGGCCAACGGCGCACCGUGGAAGGCCAAAGUGCCUGUGGUCGAGGCUGCCACGCUGCCGCUGUCCACGGUGGGCAUACGGGAGCACACGGACCUCAUGACAGCGGACGCAUGGCUGCAACGGGACCCCGACCUCGAGCGAGGGGUGGCGCGCAUGAGUCAGACAGUGUGUGUGCCCAGCCACUUCACGCGCAUGGUGCUCUUUGAAACCAACCGCGCCAGCUACGACGCCCUGCAGCAUGACCGCAUACAGGGCAAGGACCUCAAGGUGCGCACAUACACCGACCCUCCCUCCGCGCCGGUGUCCAUAGUCCCGGGCCUCGUGAUUGGGCUGGGCGGGCCCGCCGUGGCACAGAAGCAGGUGAGCCAGCUCCAGCAGGAGCAGCAGCAGCGCGGGCCGGGGGGGCUGCUGGGGGAGGUGUUAGAGGAGGAGGAGGAGGAGGGGGAUCUGCUGCUGCAGAGCCGGCAGGGGAGAACGCUGGGCCUCCUGGGAUCCAUCAUGUCGUGCUACCGGCCCAACAGUGGCUCUGGGUCUGGGCCCAAGAAGAGAUGAUGCUGAUGAUGAUGGCCAAGGGGUGGAGCGAGGGAUGGGAUGGGACGUGGUGAGAGGGGAAAGUGGGGUGGGGAGGGGGAUGAGGGGAUGGGAUGGAUGGUGAGACGCAGGGACAGGUGGUAGCAGCCUGGCUGGCACGCAAGCUAACACGUGGAUUGCAGUGUAGUUCGCUCUUGGAAAAAUCUCACGGAAUGAUGAUAGCGGCUAAUUUAUGGAUGGAUGGAAAUCAGUGGUGGUUAGGUUUGUAUUAUUAUUGGCUGUGGGCGGUGGCGGCAAGCUGGGAUGUAAUGGGCAUAGGAAAUGAUGUCGUCUCGUUUGCUAUUCCAGCAACAACCUUGUUUUUCGGGUACAUGACAUGUACGUUCCUUCAACUGCUAUGUUUGUAUGGUAUGGAGGCUUCCUUCCAGCUUGUGCACAAGGGAUUUGG